AUGUUAACAUUUGUAAAAGUUUUAGACAGUAUUGAGAAAGUCUACUUAUUCAUGAUGAGGUCGGUCGAGUCGUACACAGAGAUCGAAAAGCGACUUGAAGAAAUAUCUGCUCUUGAAAAUCAUGACACCAUUACCCAUCGGAAUAUGCUGUUCAUCACGAAACACGAAAAAGAAAAGCCUGGAAGGAUGAGAAUCGUUCAAGAUACAAGCUACUGGUUUUGGUAUCCGGAUGGUCUUCGAAAAUACAAGGUUGGCCCGAUUCAAGACGAAAACCAGCCAGAAGACGUCAAAUCGAACGAGUGUCCAAUCGGCCUCCAGUGCCGCGAUCCGGCUUGCGCUGCUCGAGGAGUCAUUUACGUCACUGAUGCUGAUUUGAGGGGCAAAAAGAGGACUUACGACAAAGUUGGAAACUACUACCAUUCAUCCGACUGCGACAUCGACCAGACGUACCCAAAGCGCUCGCUCUUUGAGUGCUACUCACGAGUCAGCAUUAGUGGCGAUCAUUCUUGCAAAGCAAUCAAGAUCAAAGACGGAUUGACCGACGUGGUACGAGAUCAUGUCUUGGCGCGUGAGAAGAUGCCCGAUCUUCCCGAAAAAGACGAAUUCGGCUAUCAAAUAUUUCAUUCGAUCGAAGACAAAGUUUAUGAAAUAAAAACUGAUGAAGAUCCAGCAUGGAGACCAGGUUCUUCAAAAGCGAAAACGACCAAGAAGAAGAAUGAUCGGAAAAGAAAACAAGCUGACCGCGCGGAUGAGGACUCGGCUGAGGAAGGAACUUCAAAGAAAGGAAAGCCAAAGAAAGCAUAA